ACAAAUCAAAGCACAGCUCGUCCAUUGCUAUGCUAGUGAGUUUGCGUAACAAAGUGUAGCUGGGGGUUUUCACAGGAGCACACAAUAACAACCAUGGCUGAAGUUGAGGAGACGCUGAAGAGAAUCCAGACUCAGAAAGGAGUGCAAGGAAUCAUCAUCGUCAACUCUGAGGGCAUUCCUAUUAAAACAACCUUGGAUAACUCGAGUACAGUGCAGUAUGCAGGCCUACUCCAUCAGCUGGUGAUGAAAGCACGGAGUACAGUGAGGGACAUUGACCCACAGAAUGACCUGACUUUCCUCCGAGUUCGCUCCAAGAAGAAUGAGAUUAUGAUUGCUCCAGAUAAGGAUUAUUUCCUGAUAGUCAUUCAGAACCCCACAGAGUGAAAACGCUAUUUAUAACUGUAUAGCUUUUUAUUUAAACUACACCCUUUUAUUUUUCUGCAGAAAAUAGUUUUGUUUAUUAAGUAUCCAUGUAAGUUUAUAGUUAAUAUCAUACAAUCCGACACUAAUAGACAAUAUGGUCUCUGUCAAACAUUAGUGACAUGCAAAGUACAUUUAUAAUGUUAUUCAUCAUUCCAGUAUUAUUUUUCAGAAUGUGUUUAAUCCCCUUAAGUUAUUGUCCUUUUAAUGUUUUAAUUUUUUUAUGCCAAUGCUCAAUUAAUUUCUCACCAUUAAGGUAAAGGAGAAACUAAAUAUAGUUGUUUUUUCUAUCUGUCAUAAGCAAAAAUAAACCCACCGUGUCCAAACCAGUGUUUCAACAGUUCUUUAGUUAAGGUCCAUCAGCAGCUACAGCAAAAGUGUAAGUCAGCUUCUUGACUGUGAAAAUGGAACUUUCAGAUAACUACAGAACUAUCUCGUACUGCUUAAUGGUAAUGUUUAUUAGACAAUUGAACAACAAUUGUUAUGGGAAGGUUGCAAGGAGAAAGCCACUAAUCUCCAAAAGAACAAGAAGGAUAAUGGAAGAAUUAAAAAAAAAAAGUCAAAGUCCUGACCUUAAUCCUACUGAAAUGUUGUGGAAGGAUCUGAAGCAAGCAGUUUAUUUGAAGAAACCUAGCAUCACAGAGAUUAAACUGUUGUGUAUAAAGUUGGCCAAAACAUUUUCAAGGUGAUGUGCAGAAAUGGUCAGUAGUUACCAGUUUGUGGUACUUAUUGCUGUGCAAGGGAGUCACUUUGCUUCAAAUCAAAAUUGUACAUGCUUUUGCCACACACGCACACAAUUUUUGUUUUCCUCAAUAAAUUAAUGACCAAUUA